UCCUCCCAAAUCCCUAUCUUUUGGGUGGAUUACCCGACAGCCGAUAGACGAUCGAUGCCCAAGGUCGAGUACUAUACAUAUAGCUCCAGCUGCAGCUUCGCCUCUUUCUCCCCUGCUUCCACUCAUCCUAUUCUCUGUCUCGAAAAUCGCCGUAAGCAAUGGCCAAACGCCCCAAUUUCCUCGUCAUCGUCGCCGAUGAUCUGGGUUUCUCCGAUAUAGGCUGCUUUGGCAGUGAAAUCCAUACGCCCAACAUAGACCGUCUAGCUCAACAAGGCGUGCGAUUCACCGAUUUCCAUGCUGCUGCUGCUUGCUCGUACGUUCUGACACUUGAGACGUAAUUGGAGUAAAGAAUUGAACCAGAAAGAAAGGCAAAAAUAACAAUGAUAGUCCCACCCGCGCCAUGAUCAUGACCGGUACUGAUCACCAUAUCGCCGGUCUGGGCAACCUGAUCGAAUGGACCAAUAUCUCAGGACAGAAUGGUCCUAAAGGCUCGAGCACGGACACGGCUCCGCAGCGGGGCAUGCCAGGCUACGAAGGAUAUCUUAAUGAGCGUGUGGUCGCCCUUCCUGAGAUUCUGCGUGACGCAGGCUACCACACCCUCAUGUCGGGCAAAUGGCAUCUGGGACUGACCCCCGAACGCUCCCCUCAUAAGCGUGGCUUCGACCGUUCCCUGGCCCAUCUCCCCGCUUGCUCAAACCACUAUGCCUUCGAACCACAGCUCCAGGACCAUGAUGAGACCCCGACCUUCCUUGAGGCGAGCUGCAUCGCCCUCCACAUGGAAGACGACAAGUACAUCCGCAAGCUUCCCGACGGCUGGUACUCGUCCGACGGAUACGGCGAACAAAUGCGCGCGUACCUAGCCGACUGGCACAAGAACAAGCAAGCCACGGGCGAGGAGAAGCCCUUCUUCGCCUACUUACCCUUCACAGCGCCGCAUUGGCCCCUCCAAGCCCCGCGCGAGUACAUCGACCACUACCGCGGUGUGUACGAUGACGGGCCCGACGCCCUGCGCCUCACGCGCCUGGAACGCCUCAAGGCCCUCGGCAUGGUCCGCGCCGACGUCGAACCGCACCCGGUCGUAGUCGACGAAGGGGAAGGCAACAACAAGCCCUGGGAGACUCUCACGCCGGACGAAAAGAAACUUUCCUGUCGCGCGAUGGAAGUCUUCGCCGGAAUGGUCGAGUGCAUCGACGCCAACGUCGGCAAGGUUGUCGACUACCUCGCCUCCAUCGACGAGCUCGACAACACCUUCGUCUGCUUCAUGUCGGACAACGGCGCCGAGGGCGCCGCCUACGAGGCUUACCCGCUCGUCCAGAGCGGCGUCAUCCCGCACCUCCUGAAAUACUACGACAACAGCCUGGAGAACCUCGGCAACGGCGACUCGUUCAUCUGGUACGGUCCGCGCUGGGCACAGGCCGCCACCGCGCCGUCGCGCCUAUACAAGGCCUACACCACGGAGGGAGGCGUGCGCGUGCCUUUCCUCGCUCGCUUCCCGGCUUCGUUCGCCGGGCCGAAUGCCACGGGCGGAGCAAUCACCCACCAAUUCGCAACCGUCAUGGACCUGGCGCCCUCGAUCCUGGACAUGGCCGGCGCGACGCAUCCAGCGCCUACCUACCGCGGCCGCGAAGUCGUCUCCAUGCGCGGGAAGAGUUUUUACCCCUGGGCCAGGGGGGAGGCGGAACGCAUCCACGCAAAGGAUUUCAUCCAGGGUUGGGAAACCUGCGGACGGGCCGCGCUGCGCUUCGGCGACUGGAAGAUCGUGUAUAUCCCGAAACCGAAGGGUCCUGAGCGCUGGCAGUUGUACAAUCUAGCCGAGGACCCAGGAGAGGUGCAUGACCUGUCGGAGAAGAAUCCGGAGCGGUUGGAACAGCUGCUGAAGCUGUGGGACCAGUAUGUGGUUGAAACCGGUGUGAUCCCGCUAAACCCCGACCUUGGUGAGUUUCUGGAAGCCACCGAGGCCCAGAUGCCCGAGAAUGCUUGGAUGGAGUACGAUUAUUGGAAGAAGGGCGCGCGCGAUGAACCGGAGAAGUAUAUGCGGAAUCCACCACGGUUCCAGCGGGUAGUGAAGCAGUUUUAACUUUCCUCUUUUCAUUUUCUGCUUGCUAAAUCUUUGUAUAUAUAAAUUUGGAAAAAAAAAAAAAGAAUAUAUA